AUGUUCAUACUUGGGACGCUGUUCCUCGCGAGCAGUUCAAGAGUAGCACAAAUGACGUUCAUCGACGACCGUAACUUCCCUGGUGGACCGGUCGUCUGGCAAGAGGCUGCAUAUUCCAUACCAUCCAAUCUACUAGGCAACGUAACGUUUACCAUCGCCAAUUGGUUAGCGGACGCUCUCAUGAUUUGGCGCUGUUAUAUCGUUUGGACCGGUCGUUACGUAUGGCCGGUCAUCGCUAUACCCUGCCUGAUGUGGAUGGCGUCCUUCGCCAUGGGCACGAUCCUACUCACCCAGGUGUCCCGACCAGGCCUCAGUCUAUGGUCCACAUCGAGCAUCAAUUUUGCUCUGACCUACUUCUCUAUAUCGUUAUCACUCAACAUUCUGGUGACACUCUUUAUUCUGGUCCGGCUCCUGCUGCACCGUCGCGAGAUGUGCAAGAGCCUGGGCGAAGCGUACGGGAAGUACUAUGUCGCGAUCGCUGCUAUUCUUGUGGAAUCCGCGGCGCUCUAUGCAGCAUGCUCCAUCCUUUUCCUGGUUCCUUACGUCCUGAAUCAUCCGCUGCAAUUCAUCUUUAUGCAAAUCCUCAGUCAAGUGCAAAUCAUCGCCCCACUUUUGGUUAUCGUCCGUGUCGCCUCCGGUCACGGUCUGACCACGGCCUCGUUGCAGACUGAUGCGAACAUCACAUUCUC